AAAGCAGGGUGCCACCUGCCUUACGGAUUUUCCAACGCGUGCCUCUGAACACGUCGAAACUCACACCCUCUUAGACCUACACAAAUUCUCAUUUCUCUCUCUCUCUCUCUGUCUCUGUCUCUACACCUAACUCGGAAUAUAUAUAUGAAAAUAAUCUCAGUAGACGUGCAUUUUCAUUCUCAAACUUCUCUUUCCGUUCGUUUCUCGGGACUUUUCGUCUCCGAUCAGAAACACAGGCGUCGACCCGUGAAAAGUUUAUUGGAAUUUUCUCUGGUAAAACUGAAUGCCCAAUUAUAUGCGUCUUCCUUGAUCUUAGUUUCGGUUGUUAAGCAAAAUUUGGGGUUUCUUAUACUUUUGCCUACUGCUUGUCCAUCUUAUAUUCAAUCUUGUGGCUCUGCAAGGACGGUGUUGGGGUUUUAGUUUAUAAAAUCUAAGAUGUCUUCUCCAAGCAAGAGGAGAGAGAUGGAUGUGAUGAAGUUGAUGAUGAGUGAUUACACGGUCGAGACAAUAAAUGAUGGACUCAAUGAAUUUAAUGUGGAAUUCCACGGUCCAAAAGAAAGUAUUUUCCUUAUUCUCAGGCUUCUAUUUCCUCAUAAUGUAAUAUACGUUUGCAAUGUUUUUAUUGGCCUUUAUGAAGGUGGGAUUUGGAAAGUCCGCGUUGAGCUUCCUGAUGCUUAUCCAUACAAGUCUCCUUCUAUUGGCUUUGUGAACAAGAUAUACCACCCAAAUGUUGAUGAGCUAUCUGGUUCUGUAUGCUUGGAUGUUAUUAAUCAAUCUUGGAGUCCAAUGUUUGAUCUGUUAAAUGUAUUUGAAGUUUUCCUUCCGCAGCUCUUGCUUUAUCCCAAUCCUUCCGACCCGCUUAAUGGUGAUGCCGCAUCAUUAAUGAUGAAGGAUCGAAAGCAGUAUGAUCAGAAAGUUAAAGGUUAUAAAAUGGGUUGUAAAAUAUGGGGAACUCACUCGGCAAUGGCACAGAGGGUCCCUCAGACAUUUAUGCAUGAAUGAAAUUUAGACCAAGAAGAUGUUUUGGGCUGUCUAAUAUAUCUUGUUCAUUUAGAUAUUUUGAGGAAGAACCUAAAAAACAACCCAAAACAAAACCGAAAAUUCCAAUGUUUGACCACAAAUCUGCUGAGAAAAAUUCAACAGGUGUGGCAUCGACUAUCACCUCAGACCCAGUUGCAAGAUUCUUCCUAGAUAUUAUUCUUUCUCCAAGUCUUGUCUAUGUUAUCUUAACAUUCAAGUCCAUUGAAUUGAAUAUAUUUCCCUGUAUUCAAAUCCGUCUUGUCUAUGGUACAACUUCAAAGACUAGUAGACUGGUAAUACUUCAGUCACUUGAAAAACUUGAAUGUCCUCUUCUUUGAAAUUGUUUCUUAAUACGGUCUAAAAUUGAUAAUAAAUCAGGGGAAACUUUUUAUGUCUCUUAUUGGUAAAGGAGCGAAUGUUAUAUGGAAGCUAAAAACACAAUUUUUUCCUCUAUU